GGCUCCACUCCCUGCACUACUUCUACGUUGCGGUGUCGGAGCCCAGCCCAGGGGUGCCCCAGUUCAUGUCUGUGGGGUACGUGGAUGGGAACCUCUUUGUGUGCUACGAUAGCGAGAUGGGGAGGAUGGUGCCCCGGGCGGACUGGGUGAGGGGGGCUGUGGACUCCCAGUACUGGGACAGGAACACCCAGUACCCACAGGGGUGGCAGCACGUUAACCUCGAGAACCUGAACCCACUGCAGCGCCGCUACAACCAGAGCGGGACUCCUGGCGGCGCUUGGCCUGAUCAGCGUAAAGCGCCCGUGGAUAAUGACGCGGUGGGAAACACCCGGCGCAGGCAAGGGGAUGCCCUUGGCCGAGGCACUACAGAAUCGGAGAAGGGUUUUUGGAACAGCGAGUCCAUCACAAAAGCGCCCAGGUACUUGGCGCCGAGAAGAGCGGCCGUGUAG